AUGAUGAAGACCCUAGUAGUAGUCCUCAGCCUCAGCUUAACCAUCCUUUCCUUCGGAGUUGCACAUGCAGCGACAAUUUCAUUAAAAAACAAUUCCCCUUACACGGUCUGGCCAGGAACCCUAACCUAUGGGAAACUUCAAUUACCAACCACAGGGUUCGAGUUAGCAUCCCAAGCUAGCUUCCAGCUAUACACUCCGGUGCCAUGGAAUGGCCGCUUUUGGGCCCAAACUGGAUGCUCCGCGGAUGCCUCUGGAAAGUUCGUCUGCGCCACCGCAGAUUGUGCCUCUGGUCAGGUCUCGUGCAACGGUAACGGUGCCAUUCCGCCGGCAACUUUAGCGGAAUUGAAUAUUGUAGCAGGCGGAGGACAAGAUUACUACGACGUUAGUCUUGUUGAUGGCUUCAACUUGCCCAUGUCUGUGACUCCACAAGGCGGUACCGGCACCUGCAAGACGGGUAGUUGCCCGAUGGACGUGAACACAGACUACUACAUUUUAUACUUUGCGCGACGAAGAGAAUUUCGUCGCGCAAAAUAUAUUGUAGUCACACAAAUUUUAGCGCGACAAAAACUUUGUCGCGCAGAAUCCGUCGCGCAAAGAUCGUGA